AUGGCGUCUUCUGAGCAAAUCUCUUUCACAGAUCAAUCUGCAUCAACUGUUAUGCUAAAAAUCAAGGUUUUGACGAUCUUCGAAAAUGUUCAUCUUUCCCAAGCAUAUUUCACUACAAUUCAUAACAACGCUCAAGAGUUAUUUGGACUCAAUUUGCUUAAAGUUUGGCUCAAACACAAAGAAUUCAGAAAUUUCUUGUGCUCGAUUUUGACAACUACUUUUGUGACUUCUGAUCUAAAUAAUUUCACUGCUAUUGGUUCAAUUCCAGCAAUGAUGUUAGUUAGGGUUCCUCUUGAUAAUGCUAUAAUGCCUGAAUACAUGGAAAUCUCUAUUUUUGGUAUUCGUGAAAUUCAUGCUUCAUUAGAAGAAAUUCUUGAUGUUUUCGAUAUUCCAAAAAGAGGAGGAAAGUGA